GGUAGUUUAGUGUUUAGGUCCCCCAAUUGCGCACGCAGCGGGGACCAGCUCCCCCCGGUCAGUGGCUAUCUCUACGGUAUAAGUGUCCCUUCCCGUCCCUCCUCUCCAACCUUUCCCUUUCUCUGCCUCUGUAUUCUUUGAUCAUCAGAGAAACAACAAUCAUGUUCAAUCUUCGUCGCCUUUUCGUGUCGGCCCUGGUCCUUGGGCUCGGCCUCCUCUUCCUCGCCCAGACAGCUGAGGCUGCCAAGGGCCCUAAGAUCACCCAUAAGGUCUUCUUCGACAUUGAGCAGGGUGACCAGAAGCUCGGCCGUGUCGUUAUGGGCCUCUACGGCAAGACUGUCCCCGAGACAGCUGAGAACUUCCGCGCUCUGGCUACUGGCGAGAAGGGCUUUGGUUAUGAGGGUUCUGCUUUCCACCGUGUCAUCAAGAACUUUAUGAUCCAGGGCGGUGACUUCACCAAGGGUGACGGCACUGGUGGCAAGUCCAUCUACGGUGACCGCUUCAAGGAUGAGAACUUCAAGCUCAAGCACACCAAGAAGGGUCUUCUCUCCAUGGCCAACGCCGGUCGCGACACCAACGGCUCCCAGUUCUUUAUCACCACCGUUGUCACCUCGUGGCUCGAUGGCAAGCACGUCGUCUUCGGUGAGGUCCUCGAGGGCUACGACAUCAUCGAGAAGAUCGAGAACACCAAGACUGGCAGUGCCGACCGACCCGUCGAGGCGGUCAAGAUCGCCAAGAGCGGCGAGCUUGAUGUCCCCCCUGAAGGUAUUCACGUUGAGCUCUAAGAGGCAACACUCUUGUUUUGCACCAGUCCGUUGCCUCGCCCUCAUUGAUAAUCCUAAAAGGCCGGAUUUGCUGAUGCGUAGCCUUCGCCUCAAUUAGACCUUUACGGCACAUCUGAAUUCGCUGCGGAGGAGGUUCCCGCUGGUUGGUCUCCUCUCCAGAAGGCUGGCCUCUUUGCCGUUGUUGCUGGUCUUGUCUUUGUUGGACUUCGCCACGCCCGUCAGCGCUCUCGAUUCUAAGCGACUCGAGACUCAGUAUUCAAUAAGAGACAAUACAACACCGACCAUAUCAAGACCAAAUGUGUGUUUCGAUCUUGACCGACUACUACUCGUCCCUUUUAAUUGUAGAAUUAUAGCCUAAAUUUACGGUGAAUUGGCAUUAUGUUCCGUCUGGUCAUUAUUGUAGCAUUCGUAGCACGUAACUCUAGUAGAACAUCCCUGUCACGUGGGGCUCACUUCACCACCAAGUUCCC